CGCCAUGGAUCACUCGACACUGAAUAGAAAUCACCCUUCGCAUCGUUAUCAACAGGAACUCAUCAAGACCGACCUUGUGAACCGCACUAUUCGCUCUAUUCAACGUAUUAUUUUGCUAUACCCGCUCGAGUUCGAUAUUCAGUUUUUACCUCAUUCUCCUCCAUCGGUGCCUGUUCAGGAAGCAAUAGCACAACUGUAUCGGGACACCGUCGCUCUCUAUAAAAAUAAUAAUGUGCACUUUGAUGAUCACUGGCAUUGGAAUACAGCCUGGCGACAAGCGUUGUCGUUCGAGAGCCUUAUCGAACUUGCCAACAAUAAUACCUCGACGGUGAUUAAUUCGUUCCAUAAAAAAUCUCAUAAUGCCCUCAACGCUAUUCAUGAACAUGGUCUGGAGCGAUAUAUGCGCUGGUACCCUUGGCGCUGGUUUUCCGACCUUGUACUCGUUGGAUCCGGUGGUUUUUCAGCGGUCUAUGCUGCGAAUAUCUCAUUAAUCUACGAUGUCCCCAUUGGAGGCCAGCAGCUAUUUGGCACCACCCGAAGACAAGUCGCUUUGAAGGUAGUCGAUGAGAAAAUUCUUAAUGAAAUUAUUGUUCAGUCUCGAGCCUUUCUGGCUCUUCUUUUUCACGGGUUAACGGUCUGCGAAAGUACGGGGGAUCUCUUGAUGAUUGGUACGCUUGCAGACGAAGGCAACCUGGAACAGCAUAUUGCGCGGCCGAUCGAGGGCGGACUCGAUUUGGGCGUGGUGGCGGAUAUCGUUACACGAUUAGCCUUUAACCUUUCGAGUCUUCAUGAAGAGAUUGGCAUGUGCCAUCGCAAUAUUCAUCCGUCCAAUGUCCUUUGUUCAGACGAUGAUUUUUUCCUUGUGGAUUACCGCUUUUCCACUGCCUCAAACGAAGCUACACAGGUCACACAAUCAUCAAAAGCUCAUUAUGGCAGGAUACCGUAUAUCGCUCCUGAAGUACGUCAAGGAACGUAUACGGAGAAAUCGGACGUUUACAGUUUAGGUAUUAUCAUGUGGCAAUUAGUGUCAGGCGUGGUGUUCCCAUCACCGGAAGUUAUAUUCGAUGCACCAGACGUUUACCGACUAGAAUGGGUACCUGGAGUACCGCGUUGGUACCAAGAGUUAACGAUGGCGUGUUUGGAGCCGCGACCGGAAAAUAGACCCGACGCUGAAGUCGUGGGUCUGAUUGCACGAAAGUACGCGGUAUCGUCACCCCAGCUGAAACUCGAUGAAGAUUGGACAGCCUAUGUGAUGAGACGCAGGGAACAAUGUCAGUCGCAUCGACGACGUUGGUUAAUGUCAACACAGCCCAUCAAUGGAGAAGAUUCAAAUGGAAAUACAGUAUCCUUGAUAUCGCAAACCGCGGCUUCGGGCAAGUCAAACUCGAGCGAUGCUGAGACCGAAGACGAAAUGAUGACUGCUUCGCGCGUAUUCACACUUCGACAACUUCCACUUUCCGAAUCUUUAAUCAAUAUGCCCUUCCACCACCGACCUUUCGACGAGCAACACUUGGCCUUAAGCAUGGAUGGAUCGUAAACCAGUCGUCUAAUGCCGUGUGUGCUAUGUACUCAACUUCCCAAAACUUUCGCUCACAGUAAAGGGAAAUGUUUCUCCAUACAUUCCAAAUUAUUUUGUCACACCACUUUCACUACAUUGCAAGCAUCUCCUAUAUGAAAUCGAUUCCUUUAAUCUCUCACCUUGAUCAUCGUAAUAAAACCAUUUCUCAAUGAC